UUUAGCUACCACAAUGAACGACACACUCCCCGAUAAUAUUACUUUGCCAACUACGCCGAAAUCGAAGCAGCAACCGAGGAGCUCAGCUUGCCUGAGAAAUACGACAAAGUGGUCCGGAUCAAGGACUUCGCAGUCAAAUACGGCCACAAUGUUUUGCUUUCCGAAGCAGAAAGCAUGGAAUUCCUAGCAG